GCUUUUAUAGAUAUAUACAAAAUGCUAUCUUUUAAAAUUUUACAUCAAGUAAAACGUCAUUCAUUAAGAUAUAAUAGUUCUUAUCUUAUAAACAAUGCAAAGUAUUCAUUUUUAAAAGAUCUUGGUCUUCAUGAAGACAACCUUGGUGUAUAUAAUGGGAAAUGGUCAGGCUCAGGAGAAUGGGUUGAAUCAGUAUGUCCUAUAAAUAAUGAAGUUAUUGCACGCGUUAAACAGGGAAAUGUAUCAGAUUAUCACAAGACUGCCACACUUUCUUUGGAUGCAUGGAAGAUCUGGAGAGAAGUUCCAGCUCCUAAAAGGGGUGAAAUUGUCAGACAAAUUGGUGAAAGUCUCAGAGGGAAGCUACAGCCCUUAGGAAAAUUGACUUCUCUGGAAAUGGGUAAAAUAAUACCAGAGGGGUUAGGUGAAGUACAAGAGUAUGUUGAUAUUUGUGAUUACGCUGUUGGUUUGUCAAGGAUGUUACCUGGACAAAUAUUUCCAUCUGAACGUUCAAACCAUAUGUUGUUGGAGCAAUGGAAUCCUCUUGGUUUAGUUGGUAUUAUCACUGCAUUUAACUUUCCAGUAGCUGUGUCUGGAUGGAACACUGCUCUAAGUUUAGUUUGUGGUAACACACAAGUAUGGAAGGGUGCACCUACUACUCCACUUGUAUCUGUAGCAGUAACUAAGAUUAUUGCUGAUGUCCUUGAAGCUAACAACCUUCCAGGAGCAAUAUGUUCUUUAGUACAAGGCGGGGCUGAAGUAGGUGAAGCUAUGGCAGCUGACAAAAAUGUUAGUCUUCUUUCUUUUACAGGAAGCACUCAGGUUGGUAAAAAGGUUUCUUUGCAGGUUAACGAAAGGUUUGGCAAAUGUUUAUUAGAAUUAGGUGGUAACAAUGCAAUUAUUGUGAUGGAGGAUGCAAAUUUAGAUCUUGUUGUACCAGCUACAGUUUUUGCAGCAGUUGGUUCUGCUGGACAGAGAUGUACUACAACUAGAAGAUUGAUCCUUCAUGAAGCUAUCCACGAUGUGGUGUUAGAACGUAUCGUGAAAGCCUAUAAACAAAUAAAAAUUGGCAAUCCAUUAGACGACGGAAUUUUAUGUGGUCCAUUACACACUAGUCAAGCAGUAAAGUCAUUUGAAAAAGCUGUACACGAUGCACAAGUUCAGGGUGGAAAAGUUGCUUUUGGUGGUCGCGUUCUUAACCAACCUGGUAACUAUGUUGAACCAACUAUUAUAUUUGACAUUGCCCAUAAUGCACCCAUAGUUCAUACUGAAACUUUUGCGCCAAUAUUGUAUGUGUUCAAAUGUAAAAAUAUUGACGAAGCUAUUCAAUGGAAUAAUGAAGUCAAUCAAGGUUUAUCAAGUAGUCUAUUCACUAGAGAUAUAGAACGAAUCUUUAAAUGGGUAGGUCCCACAGGCUCAGAUUGUGGCAUUGUAAAUGUUAAUAUUCCAACUUCGGGAGCUGAAAUCGGAGGCGCAUUUGGAGGCGAAAAACACACCGGUGGUGGCCGUGAAUCAGGAAGUGAUGCCUGGAAACAAUACAUGAGGAGGUCAACAUGUACGAUCAACUAUAGCAAGAAACUACCUCUUGCUCAAGGCAUAAAAUUUGAAUAAAUGGAAUCGAGAUUUGUGUGCUAACGAUCACUUAAAGAAUACACUUUUUUUUACUCUCCUGAAUGUUUUUUUUAUAAAAUUAACUGAGAUUCCUUUUGAAUUCUAGUUUUUUAUAGAUAUCUAUUUGAAUGUAUCAAAAAAUUAAAAAAAUUUGUUAUAUAAAAAUGGAAUUCGUUUGAUUUAUCUUAUAUAAAAUUUUACA